AUGGGCGUCGACAAGAGCGACACCGACGCUGAGCAGAGCGACGACGAGUACAACGAGCUUGGCCCAGUGAAAGGAUUGUGGCCUUUUGGUGGCGAGGCGGCUCCGACAAUCAAGUUGCUGUCCAAGGCCAAUGAACGUGCUGGCGAGUAUUUCUUUGGGGGCCGCGCAAACUCACUGCCCGUUGCCCCUGGACUAUCGGUGGACGGUGUCGGCCACAUUUCCGUUCCGUUGGCCGAAGAAUGCGCGGUGAAGUUAAUCGCCCGGGCCGACAAGUCCCCGUUCGGACACAAAAUGGAGACGAAGAUGGACGAAAGCGUCCGUAAGAGCUGGCAGCUUGAGCCCGAUAUCGUGCACUUCAAGAACCCUCAAUGGCACAGCGGAUUAGAGCAAUUGGUCCAGCUUAUCGCUCAGCGGCUAGGCUACCCGGAUGUGGCUCUGCAGUGCGUAUUGUACAAGAUGUUGGUGUAUGGAGAAGGAGGUCACUUUGUAAAGCACCAAGACACUGAGAAGGAGAACGGAAUGAUUGCAGCACUGGUAGUGCAGCUCCCAACAGAGUAUUUCCCACACUACGCCGUGCACUAUGCCGACGAAGAGCACGCUCUGGAAACGGUGACUGCAAUUCGCCACCUCGAGAAAGAUCACGACAAACUCAUCAGUGACGAGCUUGCAAUCAGCGAUAUGAACGCUACAAGUGACUCGUUCGCGCUACUGCUGUCGCAUGAGUACACUGAGAAGAGCAUCCAAGAUAUGGGUGCUGCGGCUCUGAAAGGCAUGGAUCGAGCUCGAUUCAGUGCUUUAGACGCCGCAAACGCCUUCGUUUCGCCCGAAAAGAGGCUGUUGCUGUUCAUUGCGCAGCUGAAGCAAAAGAUCGGCUGCCUUGGCAACGAGGGCAACACGAAGGACACAACGUACUGCCGGUACGCUGUGCUCGCGUGGCCCGCAGCCCAAGACAUCGAGAACGUUCUUAAACUGAAUGGCUCGGAAGUCGCUGCAAUUACGUUGCGAGCCCAGAAACCCGUUGAAGCUACAAAAGUCCGCGUACUCAUGGAAGCUAUCAAGGCAGUGCUGAAUCAGUAUCCGUGGCCUGAACCCCAAACGGUGUCGCUGGUAUUUUACCGGACGCUGUGCGAGUUGCUCGUGGACGCUGGCGACCCGACACUUGUGGAAUUGUUCUUCACGACGAUCCAGAGUGUGGAAGGGCUCAAUGGAGAAGAUGAUAAAUUUGAUGCGCUGUCGUCUCUUGCUGGAAUGAGGAUCCAGUGGAUGAGGAGCAGGAUUCACGCUCUUGAUACACCAUUUACGUGGGAGAUGCCAGGCGCGGCGUUCCCGGAAUGCGAGCAGAUCCAGGCAUUUUUGCGAGGUCCCGAUAAUACUAUGACUACCGAGGGUACCUGCGAGUUUAAGACUCCCCAAGGCGCGCAAAACUUCGCGGGCAAAUGGAUGCGGAAGGGAGGAGGUAACGCGUCGUUUGAAAUGGAUGCAGCAGAGGAGAAUGAGACUCCUUUUGUGACGAUCACCAAGACCCGGGAGUGGUAUUUGAAGCGCCAAACGGAGUUGGAGAACUUCAAGAGCGAAUUGAGGACUCUAGCGGGACGCUUUACCGGUGAGACUUCCAGCAAGCGCCCUCAUCUACUGUAG